CUUGAAUUGCAAUUAUAUUACUAUAUCCAUAAUAAGACCCUUGACCAUUGAAAACUCAAAUCUCAUCCGGUUGCGUUGUUAUCUACAUGUCACGUUUAUGUUCCAGGUAUAGUAGAAAUAGUGAAGCUUUGGGUCUGGUGAAUUGUCAUGUUCAGGUGAAAGGAAGCUAAUGGUUAGCGAUCGACUGAAGUGGUUGCAUAGACUUGUUCCAUGCUCAUGCAGAUGGAGAAGGAGAGGUGGCCAGGUCGGAGAUUCAGCCAGUUCUCUGCCGGUCCCCGAGUUGAUAAAAAGCCAUUUAGGGACGGUGUUCAUGUCAUGUGAUCACCUCUAGGUGACAAUUUCAUGGAUAGCUAUGAGGUGGGUUUCCUGCAGCGGUCGCAGACAAUCUACCCAUUCCGAGACUUCGUCACAACUAUUAAAGGGAAUCGAGAAGUGCGUGUUUACAUCGGUCAGUUUCGAGAGGAGCGGUGCAGAGCUCACUGUUCACCUCUUCCUCUUCUUGGGUGCAUUUCGUGUUGUCUGCUCGCUUGAUCAUUUGGAGGCGUGCGGUGUGAACAAUUUGUGUAGUGACUUCAAAUCCGUGACACAGAAAACUACUAGUUAAGAUUGCGUGCCAUCUUCUUGUUAGAGUACAAGUAUAAUCUUCUGUAUUGAAUUGGGUGUUCUUAGUGGCAACUGCAUUCUGUUGCGGUUCUCGUACUUGAGAGAUCAACAUCUGUUUUGUGUAGCUCAUCAGAUUUAUUCGGUGAUCUAACACUUGGUACACUCCUCUUCAAACAAGAGGUACAUGCACACGGCGUUGUCUUCACGCGCACAUCUUCGUCUUUAGGGACACAUUCGUGCUAGAUGCUUCCAUGUGCAAGGAGGGCCUGUUUUGGGAUCAUACUUUGAGAAGCUCGAUUUAUGUAGAUGGUAGAAUCGGCUCGUACUGCUUGCCCCGAGCUUUUCCAGCCUGAAGCAAGGAAGAUCUUCAAAUGCAAUUGUUUUGGCAGUCCAGCGAUGGUCACAAACAUCUCGUCGUAAUAUCCUAGGGCAAUAUAUUGUAGUGUUUGUGAGAGACCCCGUGAGGGUAGAUUGGACGACUGAAUCCACAACCUUGGUUUAUUCUAUUCUGGUCGCAUCAUAUCUGCUAGCGAAGUUCGUGGUUUAGACUGCUACCGACAUUUUGCAGUGAAAGCUCCAACAAGAUGGAUUCUACAGAGGACGAACUCUCUCUCCGGAAGGAGAAUUCCCAGCCUUUGAUUCCCUCAAGCAUGGUGACGCCCAAGACACAUAGCAUACGAGUUGUUCAUGCGGCACUUGUAAUUGUGCAGCUGGGAUACGCAGGGUUGCAAAUGUUCAGCCGCGUUGCUCUGGACGCUGGAUUGAACCAGUUCAUAUUAUCCAUGUACCGUAACAUAAUUGCCUUUGCGAUAUUAGGCCCAGUUGCUUACUAUUACGAAAGAGAAAAAAGACCUCCGACGUCCUGGAAAAUAUUUGGUUGGUUGAACCUUCUUUCAUUAACAGGAGUGGUGGGUAGUCAACAAUUAUUUCUGGCAGGUCUUCAAUAUACAACUCCCUUGAUGGCUGCAGUGUCACAAAACAUGAUCCCCGUUGCCACUUUCUUGCUUGCUGCAGCACUUGGAUUAGAAGAUGUGAACUUAAGGAGGCGCGAGGGGAUCGCAAAGGUGGUCGGAACAGUAGUUUGCAUCUCUGGAGCUGUAAUUAUGUCGGUGUAUAAAGGCCUCGCCCUUUUCGGAGGUGGUAACGACACUCCCGACGCCGGCAUCACUCGUCCAUUUGAAAACCUGGGCGCUUUCCUUCAUCCAGAUAUUGUACAAUUUAGCGUGAAGAAGUUCCACCUCGGCAUCUUCUACUUAAUUAUGAACUGCGUCUCUUGGGCUGUAUACCUUACUUGUCAGGCUCCGGUGAUGAAAAUGUACCCAGCUCUGCUUAGUAUGACAGCCGGCACGUACUUCUUCGGUUGGAUUCAAGUUGGUAUCCUUGGAGUUAUUAGCGCAGGCAAGCUUCACUUUGCAAACUUCCGACUCACAUCCAUGGCACAGAUUAUCGGGGUCUUGUACGCAGCAUUGAUCGCAUCCACCCUCAACCUUCUGUUGCAGUCGUGGUGCGUGCAAAAGGGAGGACCAUUCAUCGUGUCGUUAUACGUUCCCUUGCAAAUGCUCAUGGUGGCCGUGUUGUCAGUGAUGCUGCUGAAUGAUACGCUUUACAUGGGAAUAAUAUUGGGAGGGCUAUUGACUGUAGCAGGAUUCUACUUCGUGGUAUAUGGUCAACGACUGGAGCGGCGACGGAAGCGUCUCGUGUUCGCUCGUAAGAUUGAGCCUCAUCACGACGUCCUCAAAAUUGACAUUCGUCAAAUGUCGCUGGAUCUUAAAAAACACCUAUUGGAUGAUGAUAAUUGAAGUAACAUUCAACCUCCAAUUUUGCUCAUAACCUUCGGUUUCCAACGGAUAACGUCUUAGGCUUUCCUUGAUGAGCAUGAAUUAAGGAACGCUCGGCAUUUUGUUGAGGCCAAUUACACAAUUUCCCUUCUACCGUAUUCGAUGUGUAUUUGGGUUAAUCUCCAAACCAUUAAUGUUACCUGAAGAAAGGAUACAUUGUUUAUUUUACUA